CUCUCCCUGUUCAUCAGAUGACAUUGCAGCUGCUAUGAGGUCAGGCCAUUUCAUGGAAAAACCGAAAUAUUCCGGAGGAAGAACAGAAUUAGCCUAACAUAACUUAAAUUACCGUAUUUAACCAUGGUCAUUAUAAUUCAUGGAACUAGUCUAUAAAGCCUACACCCACGAUUGAUUGAUGAGGGGUUAAAAUUAAAUUUGAUUUUUGUUCAACCCAUUUUCAUAAUGGCUGUCGUUUCCCACUCUCUGGGUUUGAUCUUUAUACUUUUUUUAGAAUUCCUUGCUUGUAAUGGUGAUGCAGAGUUUCUUAGUAGGAGUAAUAUGGAGCAAUUUAAAGCUGGCAAGAAGCUAAUGUUGAUAAAUUUCUAUGCUGAUUGGUGUCGAUAUAGUGCUGCUCUCAAGCCUGUGUAUGAUAAGGCAGCUGAUCAAGUGGCAGCAGAAACUGUAAGUAUAACUUUUGAUGCCUCAGCCUUAAGCUCGGCCCAAGCUUUAUGGAAAGGCAGUGGCUAUUUUUACGGGCCCGUAAUCCGACUGUGGGUGGCUAUUUUUACGGCAGGAUGAUUUAUCUAUGGAUUUACUCAUUUUAAAACCUGGGAAACACUCUAAAAUAAAAAAAACUAAACGCUAAGGCUAAACCAACCUUGGGGACUCCUAACAUACCUAGGGGACUCAUAAAAUGACUGGGGACACUCUAAAAAAACCGCCACCCUAACCCCUAAACCCUAAAAACAAUAGCUAAGUAGAGGACUCCUAACAUAACUAGGGCUCCUAACAUAAUUAGGGAACAUAGCGAAGUAGAAAGAUAAAAAAAUCAAUUUGUUAAAGUCAAAAUUAUAAAAAAAGAAUGGUCUGAGCUGAAUUCGAACCAGUGCCCUUCCGUAUCCAACCCAGCGCCUUCCCCACUGUGCCACCACGAUCCUGAUGCCUUAUUGAUGCUGAUUGUCAUCUUUAUACGUC